ACAGGUUGCAUACUGGUAGAGAAAACCCAGAAGACUGAGAGCCCUCCAGUCUCAUUAGCCUCUUUGCUCCUUAUUCUUCUCCUCACAGGAUCAAGACACAUUCAGAGGAAAGAUACAGAGAGCAAAAGCCAGACAAAGCUCCAAACUGCCCCAAGCCCCAUCACAAGAACGAGAGACAGCAGGGAUUAUACCAUGACUUCCACAUCAUACCUGAGUACCAGCACCACGGCCAUUCCCACUGUCACUGGCAGCAGUAUUGCCAUGAGUGUCUGCAGCAGCAGCAGCAAUGUCAGUGCCCAUCCAACCAGCUCCAGGGACACUCGGGCGUGCUUCUCAAAGAAGGACAAAGUGAAGACGAAGGUCAUCUGGGGCAUUGAGGUGGCUGAGGAGCUGCUAUGGAAAGGCUGGGAACUAGGGAAGGAGGUCACCAAGAACCUGGUUCUGAGAAAUCGAUCCUUGAAAAUCCAGAAGAUGAAGUACAGGCCCCCCAAGACCAAGUUCUUCUUCACGGCCAUGCCUCAGACCAUCUUCCUGAGCCCGGGCAUAACCUUCACACUCCCCAUCAUCUUCCGGCCUCUGGAGGAGAAGGAGUACACGGACCAGCUGUGGUUUGAGAAAGAAGAGGGGAAGUUCUUUGUGGACCUGAGGGCCACCCUGCCUUGCCACAGUCUGAUCUGCCCACCGUCCCUGCAGUUGCCCAUGUGUGCCAUGGGGGACAUGGCUGAGGCCUGGUUCUGCCUGGACAAUGUAGGGGACCUGCCUACCUUCUUCACCUGGGAGUUCUCAAGCCCAUUCCAGAUGCUGCCCAGCACGGGCCUGCUGCAGCCAGGACAGGCUUGCCAGAUCAAAGUGACCUUUCAGCCCCUUAUGGCUAUCAUCUAUGAAGUCCAGGCCACAUGCUGGUAUGGGGAGGGCAGCAAGCAGAAGAGCAGCAUCCAGCUGCAGGCUGCAGGCAAAUGCGCCCAGCUGCUAGUGAGCAUAAAGGGACCAGAGGACCAGGAUGUCGAGGGCUUCCAGAAAGUGCUGCACUUCGGCUCCGUGGCUGUGGGCUGCACCGCCGAGAGGCAAAUCACGCUGUAUAAUCCAUCAGUGGUGAGUGCCCCCUUCAGGAUUGAAGUAGCUCAAGACAUGCUGCCCAAAGACCAGGCCUUCUCAUGCCCCACGGCCUGUGGCAUCGUGCCUCCAGGAAAGAAGAAAUAUGUAUCGGUGUUUUUCCACCCCAAGACCUUGGACGUCAGAACUAUGGACUACGUGACUGUUAUGCCCUCUGGCUGCGCCUCCCAAACCCUGGUCAAAGUCGUUGGUUUCUGUAGAGGUCCUGAUGUGUCCCUGCAGCACUACUGCAUCAAUUUCAGCUGGAUCCACCUCGGAGAGCGCUCAGAGCAGUCCCUGUGGAUAGAGAACAAAUCGGACUGCACGGCCCACUUCCAGUUUGCCACUGACUGCCAGGAGAGUGUCUUCAGCAUCAGGCCCAGCUUCGGGACCCUGGUGGGCAAGGCUCGCAUGACCCUGCUCUGUGCCUUCCAGCCCACUCACCCCAUCAUCUACUUUCGGCGGGUGGCCUGUCUCAUCCACCACCAGGACCCACUGUUCCUGGACCUGAUCGGGACCUGCCACUCAGACAGCACCAAGCCGGCCAUUCUGAAGCCUCAGCACCUCGUUUGGUACCGCACACACCUGGCUCGGGGCCUGACGCUCUACCCCCCUGACAUCCUGGGCCAGAUGCUGAGCGAGAAGAAGCUGGAACAGGAUAAGAAUGGAGCCCUCAUGAUUCCCAUGGAGGACCUGGAGGAUGUGCCGGCGCCGCAGUAUCCCAUCAUCCCCCCCAUGACUGAGUACUUCUUCGAUGGCACCAAGGACUUGGCCAUCUUCCCCCCGCCCGUCAGCCUGGAGCCUGUUGAGGUGGAUUUUGGUGCCUGCACCGGACCUGAGGAUCCCAACCCUGUCCCGCUGUGCCUGGUGAACCACACCAAGGGCAGGAUCACUGUGGUCUGGACACACAGGUCUAACUGCCCCUUCUGGGUGACCCCAGAAACCUGCGAUGUGCCCCCGCUCAAGUCCACGGCCAUGCGCCUGCACUUCCACCCGCCUCACCCAAACUCUCUCUAUGUGGUGGAGCUCGAAGCCUUCGCCAUCUAUAAGGUCCUGCAGAGCUUCAAUAAUAUUGAGGAGGACUGCACUGUAUGCCCCUCCUGGUGCCUGACACUUCGGGCACAAGGCCACAGCUACUGUGCUGGCUUGGAGCACCACAUCCCCCAGUAUUCCCUGGAUGCCCCCCAGCUGUUUCCUGCAGUGUCUCCCAGUGAGGCCUCCUACCGCAGCCUGCUCCUCACCAACAAAGGCUCCCUGCUGCUGACCUUCAACCUGGCCCCCAAGAGCAGCCCAGACAUCUCCCUGCGGCCCAGCUCGGGCCUCCUGGCCCCUGGGGCCCACCAGAUCUUCCUCAUCUGUACCUACCCCAAGGGCAACACCUGGAAACAGCACAUUUUUUACUUCCAGUUCAAUUUUUGCGCCCAGUAUCUCAAGGAGGUGAGCCUACAGAGCCGGGAGGAGCCGUUGCAGCUGAAGCUGGACACCUCCAAAAGCAUCUUCUUCAAGCCCACCCGGGUGGGCUGCUCCUCCACCAGCCUCUUCACCUUCCACAACCCCUCGCGUCUGCCCCUGGAGUUUGAGUGGAGGGUCUCCCAGCAGUACCGAAAGAUGCUGACCGCCCAGCCCGCCAGGGGGCUUAUCCAACCCAAUGAGAGCCUCACGCUGACGUGGACCUUCAGUCCCCUGGAGGAGACCAAGUACCUGUUCCGAGUGGGGGUGUGGGUCUGGGAAGCCGGCCUGCCCUCAAACGCUAAGCCCACCACCACCACCCACUACAUUAUCCGGCUGGUGGGCAUGGGCAUCACCAGCACCAUCUCCGCAAAGGAGAAGGAGCUGGACUUUGGGAACGUGGUGGUGAACAACCAGCAGUCCAGGUUUCUGGUGCUCCAGAACGAAGGCAACUGCACCCUCGAUUAUCGCCUGUUCCUGGAGCAGCACAGCCCUGAGAGUAUCAGCAACGACCCCCUUGCUCUUCAGCUGGACCACACAGAGGGGAGCAUGCCACCCUGGUCCCAGGACACCAUCUGCCUGACCGCCUGUCCCAACCACCGGGCCCAGUUCUUCUGGACCAUCAGUUACUCUCUCCUCUCGCACAGAGAUAACAACAUUGGGGAGAAGCGGGAGCUGUGCCGCGUCUUCCUGACGGCCGUGUACCCCUUACUCUCCGUCCUGGAUGUCUGCUCCUUGGGCAGUGCUGGGGGCAUCACCCCCAGGCACCUGUGGUACCUCUUCUCCCUGGACUUGCUCAACAGUUACCUGGAGCGUGACCCCACCCCCGGGGAGCUCAUGUACAAGGUGCCCACCAGGCACAGCACAAGUCCAAUCGCACCCGUCUACACCCCUCUGAAGCUUGACUUCAAUUUUGGGGUAGCGACCAUAGAGGCCCCACCCUCCGUGGUGCUCCUGGCCCUGAAGAACAGCGGAGUGGUGCCCCUGGACUGGGCCUUUCUCUUUCCAAGUGACCUGCAGAUCGACCUGGAGCUAUGGGCAGAGCAGACAGAGUUUGACAGCACCGAGCUGCACCACAUGCGUGUGCAGGACAAUUGCAUAUUCUCUAUCAGCCCCAAGACUGGGAGCCUGAGUCCUGGGCAGGAGCAGGUGGUGGAGCUCAAAUACAGCCACCUGUUCAUCAGCACUGAUCGCCUCCCAGUGCUCUUCAAGGUGUCCCAUGGCCGAGAGAUCCUGAUAAAUUUCAUAGGUGUGACAGUGAACCUGGAGCAGAAGUACGUGCACUUCACCUCCACCGUGCACCAGUUCAUCCCUGUCCGGAUCGGUGACACACUGCCCCCGCGCCAGAUAUAUGAGCUGUACAACGGUGGCUCGGUGCCUGUGACAUAUGAGGUCCAGACCGACAUCCUGUUGCAAGUUCAGGCAAAAAAUUUUGACCACCCCAUCUUCUGCUGCCUCAACCCUGAAGGGGAGAUCCAGCCAGGCACCACCGCUCAGAUCUUGUGGAUCUUCUCACCAAUCGAGGCCAAGACCUACACAGUGGAGGUGCCCAUCCACAUCCUGGGAUGGCACUCGGCCAAAAUCCAAUUCCAGGGAGUGGGCUAUGACCCCCAUGCCUUGGGGGAUACAGCGCCUUUCCACAAUAUCUCCUCAUGGGACAACAGCUCCACACAUUCAAGGCUGAUGGCUCCUGGACAGGAUGUCUUCCUGUCCCAGUCUCAUGUCUCCCUGGGAAAUAUUCCUGUGCAGAGCAAGUGCAGCCGCCUGCUGUUCCUUAACAACAGCUCCAAAAAUGAGACAAUUGUCUUUGCCUGGCAACUGAAGCCUCUAGACUUCGGGGAGGUGUCCGUGAGCCCCAUGAAAGGGAAGGUGGCUCCGGAAGAGACGAUCCCAUUUGUGGUAACUCUGAAGGCCUCAGUGCAUGCCAGUUUCUACAGCAUGGACCUGGUAUGCAAGGUGUACCGGCAGGACCUCCUGAAGGAGUUCCAAAAGGAACUGCAGGAGUGGCAGGAUGAGAAGGUGCGGCAGGAAGUGGAGUUCACUAUCACAGAUAGGAAAGUGAAGAAAAGGGCGUAUUAUGAAGCCUAUGAACCUGUGAGGAGGUACAAGACGCUGCCCCCCAUCAAGAAACAGCAGUCUUUCGAUCCACCCACCAGCUGGAAUCUUAGGAUCCCAAAGGAGGAGACAUCCUGGCCAUGUCCCCAGCCACCCUCGCCAGGCCUGCUCUACUUGGGCCUCACUGCCCGCGCCCAUGCCAUCGACUACUUCCUGGACAACUUCUUCUCUGACUUUCCCCGACACUUCUUGUACCGGAUGCUGCCAAAGAGGACGUGUGUCAGGGAGGAGUCAGAGGCUUCUGAGAAAGAAUCCACUGACACGUGGGCCCCUGUCUCCAAGCAGAAGAAGCAGCUUUUGGUUGACUGUCUCACCACCAUCAUCAGGGGCUUGCUGGAAGAUAAGACCUUCCAUGAAGCCAUGGACCAAAGCCUAGUGGAGCAGAUUCCUUACUUUUGCCAGUUCUGGAGUGAGCAGUCAGCCAGGUUCAUGGCCCAGUCCAGCAGCCUGCACAUAGGACCAGGCCUGUUUCUGUCCUCCAGCAGCUUGGGGGACAAGGAAGGCAAGGAGCAGGAGGAGGACAAAUGGGAUCUGGGGGAGGAAGAUGGGGAAGAGGAGAAGGAAGAAGAGGAAGAGGAGGAAGAGGAAGAGGAAGAAGAGGAAGAAGAAGAGGAGAAAGAGAAGAAAGAGGAGGAAGAGAGCAGCAAAGAGGAUCCUGUGGAGGAUGAAGAGAUGAUGAAGAAGAAGGAAGAGAAGUCGACCUGGACGGAGACCGAAACCACACAGCAGCCUUCGUCCCAGGAGUCCCUGAAAUGGUGGUGGCAGCAGCAGCUGAAGAUCAUAAUGAAGGAGGAGCGAGAGCAGGAUGAGAAGAUGGCCAUCAGCAGGCUCCCGGCUUUCGCCAACCUGCAGGAGGCGCUGCUGGAGAACAUAAUCCAGAACAUCCUAGUGGAGGCGAGCAGAGGGGAGGUGGUGCUCACCUCGCGGCCGCGCGUCAUCGCUCUGCCGCCGCUCGGCAGGAUUCCGACUCUAGACCUGCUGCAGGGGGCGCCCCAAACAGCGGUGCCUCGGCCGGUGCCGCCGCUCCCAGCCGACACUCUGCGGGGGCCAGCGCCCAGCCCCUUCGAUUUGCUUGAUAGGUUCUAACCGGUCCCCUCUCCACCGCCCCACCAGUAAAGCAUCUAGCUUUUUAAUUUUUA